GUGCACGGAAUCGGUCGUCGGGAAAUAAAGGAAAUUCGCCGCCUGUCAAUCUCCGCAGAACACCAACACAUUCACUCUCGGCAGCGAUUUCUCUCUUUCUCACCACGAACGAAGCAGGGGGGUUGUUCUCUUUAGCUGGAAUAUGUCAAUACUGGCUGCUCUGCUGGUGGUUGGUGGAAAUCGCCAUUGAAACUUUGCUAAGCUAAUCCUAGCCGAGAAUCCCGUCGCGUACGGUCGGUCGGGUUGUCUUUUUCUCUGGGAAAAGUGCGAAAAUUUGGGAAAGUGCGUUUCUCCUCAGUGUUAAAAGUGUGAUAAUUGGUUUCUUCCAACACGAUUGAUCACUGAUUGGAAGGUUGUGUGUUGGCAGACGGAAUCGGGAAAAAGGAAAAUCACAAGGCAAAAAGUGCACAAUACAGUGCAGAAGGAGGACUCUGCCCCUUCACGAGUUCGCGGUGCUCGGCUCUCGGCGCUCCGACAGUUCUCCUCACACGUAGGAAUAUUGAUUUUUCAAAUAAGGUGGAGGAUUCAAGACAUUGAAUACGAGUGUUUUGAAGAGUUUUAAAGUACGACUCGAGCUGAAAGGAUACAAAAUAGUUGCAAGAUGUUGGAAAUCCCAGGAUUUGGCAGUCAUUGAUCACGGUGUGGAAGAUUUUCCGAUGUUUCUCGACUGUUAGUGUUCAUCAAUGAAGUCAAAUAUUCCGUGUGGUUAUAGUUGAAAGCUAAGAAGAAAAGCGGUGAAAUUCGUGACUAGUUUCAGAAAGCUAUUUCGUAGAAAGGGAAUACCAUCGUGGGAGGCUGGUUAAGCGAUUUGAAAACGGCCAACUAAGAUCUGUAUCUAGAAAAAAAAUGAGCAGAGAAGUGCAAAAGGAAAAUAGUACCCCAUCCAACGAGGCCCAUCAAUAUGUGGGGCCAUAUCGUCUGGAACGAACGCUGGGGAAAGGUCAAACUGGCCUCGUGAAAUUAGGAGUGCAUUGUGUCACCGCUAAAAAAGUAGCAAUUAAAAUUAUCAACCGAGAAAAGCUCAGUGAAUCAGUGCUGAUGAAAGUGGAACGAGAAAUAGCUAUAAUGAAACUAAUUGACCACCCACACGUCCUUGGCCUGACGGAUGUUUAUGAAAAUCGGAAAUAUUUAUAUCUGGUGCUGGAGCACGUUUCCGGUGGUGAGCUGUUCGAUUAUCUGGUGAAGAAGGGCCGCCUUACGCCAAAGGAGGCGCGGAAGUUCUUCCGGCAAAUCAUCUCCGCGCUGGAUUUCUGUCACUCGCAUUCAAUAUGCCAUCGAGAUCUGAAGCCGGAAAAUCUGCUGCUGGACGACAAGAACAACAUCAAAAUAGCUGACUUUGGAAUGGCCUCACUGCAACCCGCGGGAUCGAUGCUGGAAACAUCGUGUGGUUCUCCGCAUUAUGCCUGCCCGGAAGUGAUUAGGGGUGAGAAGUAUGACGGCCGUCGGGCGGAUGUUUGGUCCUGCGGUGUGAUCCUGUACGCUCUGCUGGUCGGUGCGCUGCCCUUCGACGACGACAACCUGCGACAGCUGCUCGAGAAAGUGAAACGAGGGGUGUUUCAUAUUCCACACUUUGUGCCACCCGACUGCCAGAGCCUUCUCAAGGGCAUGAUUGAGGUGAACCCGGAGAAACGAUUGACGUUGUCCGAAAUCAACAAACACCCCUGGGUAACCGCUGGCGGUAAGGGGGAACUGGAACUCGAGCUGCCCAUGAUGGAAGUCGUCCAAACGCACGUAAUCCCAACCGCCUCCGCCGUGGAUACGGACGUUCUCAAUGCAAUAUGCUCCCUAGGAUGUUUCAAGGAAAAGGACAAACUAAUCCAGGAGCUACUUAGUCCAAAUCAUAACACGGAGAAGGUGAUCUACUUCCUACUACUAGAGAGAAAACGACGACGACCGGCUGUGGAAGAUGACGAAGACGUACUCAGACCUCGGAACGACAUUAUCGAAAUUGCCGAUCCGCCACGGAAACGGCUGGACACCUGCAGGAUCAACGGUAGCAGUAGUCUCUCCUAUGGUCAGAUUAGCGAAGGAUCUCCACUGACCUCCCGGCGGCAGACGUUCAACAAUGGCCGUAGCCACAGUAGCAGUAGACGAUCUCCAUCAUCCGUUCCUAUGUCGCGAAGCUCAUAUCAAAGCCCUACCCGAGGGGUUGUCGUCAAUUCCAGUCAACCACUCUCUCAACUGCAUCCUCCAUCAUCUCCAAAUUCGGUAGUGAAUCGACAUGCCAACUACGCCAGUCGAGAUCGAAAAUCGCAGAUGAUCGAUCCAUCGUCACCAGUCCACCAUCGAGCCAACUCAGGGCCGGCGAUAACCGUAGGCCUUUUUUCAGAAACCGAUUCUAAUAAUAUGACAUCCUCAAUAAACGCAAUCCCUGGAUCACCGAUCCUAGGCAGCCCACAGCAGUUGUCGGCCGUGAACACUGGCAGUCAGCUGUGGAAGACAAGGCUGACAAACAUCAAGAACAGUUUUCUCGGUAGCCCCAAGUUCCAUCGAAGGAAACUUCAAAUUUCCACCGAAGAAGUGCAUCUUACUCCAGAGUCAUCACCUGAGCUGACGAAAAAGUCCUGGUUUGGCAACCUAAUGACUACGGAAAAGGACGAAACUUUUACAGUGCUCGUCAAGGGCAAGCCUCUGGCGACGGUCAAAGCUCAUCUUAUCCAUGCCUUUUUGUCGAUGACCGAAUUGUCCCACAGCGUCCUGUCACCGAUGUCGUUCCGGGUGGAGUACAAGCGCGGUAGCACUGGGCCCACCAUGUUCCAGCGGCACGUGCGGAUACAGGUCGAUAUCAAUACGAUCUGCAAGCAGGGCGAUGUGAACGAUAUGCUGUUCGCCAUCACGUUCACGCUGAUCUCUGGCAACAUUCGUCGCUUCCGACGUAUCUGCGAGCACAUUCAGGCGCAAGUAUGUUCGAAGCGCUAUCCGGCGGCGCUGGCGAGUCCAACGAAUCAACACAACAACAAGGUUUCCACGACAACGGUCGCCGAGAGCAUAUCGUGCGGCUCGGAUUCCAGUGACCGGGUCAACUACAACAAACACGAAUCGGACAUAGAGCCGGAGACGUUCUACGACAAUUCCAGCCUUGGUAAGGCUCGACGUUCAUCAGCCACAUCAUCCAACAAAAAUUCGGUAUCGUCCGACGAGAUCGAAAUUAAAACCGUGCGAUCAAGCUCCGAGUCAACCGAACGCGACCGUGAGCGAACCACCGAACGGACGGCGGCAAUGUCCGGUAGUGCGCUAGUAUGAGAGUUAUUUCUCUGAUAGGAUUUACCGAACACCAUUUCCCUCGACGGUGACGAUUCGGUCGAGUCCCAGUCCAAAAAUGUGCCGCUUCAACAACAGCAGCCAGAACCCUCGUCACCGUCGGUGGUGGCGGCAGAUGCAGAACCUACUAGCGACACUAUUACGCUAUCCGUAUCUACUGCUAGUACUGAUCCUUUUGCUCCUACCAGCGAUUCCACGCGCUUUGUCCAACCUAACACAACGAGUGAUGAAACCACAGAUCAGGUCUCAAACUAAGCAACAAAGCAGGCGAGCGAGUAGGCGAGUUUGCCGAGCGGAGGUAAAACCCUAAGCCAAAUGAGGAAUAACACCUAACUGCAACUAUAAGCCUAUGAAGGAAACACUAGAGCUCUUAUCAAGCAUAUGUAUUUUCAUUUCAUAAACCUGUUUGAUCUCCAAAUCCGAUCCACAUAAGUAGAAAAUCCCCUCCAUUGAGACAUACCGAAGGAAUUGAUUUUCGACAUUCAAAACUCAUCCAUCGCCCGAAUCAUGACAAAAGAUGAACCUAUGAUCUCCGGAAAGUUGAAAGCGAGCUCCAAACGACAAGCAGGACUUUAAGUCAAUUCGGCUUUAUAUAACGUGUUAAGGUGUAACUAAAUCAUUUUCAAUUUCUACCAUAGUUAUUGGAAACGUAUUCUCUAACCUAAAACUUUUCAGCGCAAGAUCAAAAAAAUAAUUAUUAGUAAAACACACAAAAUUUGAAAGACUUGGGUAAACCAAAACCAUAAAUUAAUAACGCAAACAGGGUUGGUAAGGUUUAAAGUACGUAGAUCCGAAACAGGCAAAACACAGACAAAAAGCAGACCGAAAUACUCGUUAACAUAGUGGAGAAGAUAAUACCGGCACGAAGUUGGAAGGAAAGUUGUAGCAAAGUUUUUAAUAGACAAAACCGUUCACCAAACAAAGCAAACUAGCCAAUUUUACCACAAACGUCAUAUUUACUGCAAUUAUGAUAACGCAUCGAAGUAAACCAGCUACUACCAUGCGCUGAUUAACAUAGUUGACUUUGAAUCAUGCAUGCUACGCACAUUCAUACACACAUACAGAAUCGAAAUAUAUAAAUGAACAACAGCUGCACGAACACACAAACACACAUUGAUACACACACACACAUGAACAUCAAAAUAAACAGUGCGAAACAGGAGGAGCAACUGGCUAACUACAUAGGAUCAAGGUUCGAUCACUUAUUUAUUUGGUAAAUCCGAUUCUGAACGAUUUUAUACGAUCUUAUCAAACAAAGGGAGAAUUCAGAUUUCAACAGUACUGAAACAAUAGCAAGAAAAGCUUGAACAUACGACAAAAUAUGCGAAACAAGGACAGUUAUCCGUAAAUAAAAUAAAAUCACAACUGUAAACAAAACCACAUUUAACAUGCAAUUAUAGGAGUGGAAUUGCUUUUUUCGACACUAUUUUUUUUUUCAAUUACUAAUCUAUCGUAAAUACUCCACAGCUUUUGAGAUGAUAUAAUUUUUGGCUUGUGCAUUUCGCUUUAGUGAAAACAACCAUGACACAGAUUGUCUGAGUAAGAAGGGAGAAAAUCAAACAACUAAACGCUUAUUAGUUUUUACGCUAAAACAAUGACACUAGAAAUACAAAAUACAAUGAUUGAUAAUGUCGGCUUAUCUAGAUAAAAAAAAAACAACAACCGUAAUCCAAAGGUGGUAAAAUAUACUCAAGCUAAGUUUCGAGUAAAUUACAAACACAGAUAUUAAUCAAAUACCGCUUAGUUAGUAUAAACUUUCAACCUCAUUCGGAGAGAGGAGUAACGAAACCAAAUCCAUGACACGCGUUUAGAAAGUCAAAGUAAUAAACAAAUACAUUCACCCCGACACACAUACAGACAAACACACAGAAGAGCAGCGAACUACUAGAACUUGAAAGCAUUUCACUCACUUUCUUAUGAACAAUGAAACAUCUGACGAAUAAUUGCGAAGGCAUUUUCCAUGUAAAUCAACUUGCAAUUUUCGAAAAUAAAAAUGCUAACAACCAAAUGAAGUACAUCACAAUAACUUCAACGUCAACUUUCUCUUGGGAGAACGAGAAAAGACAAAGCGAGCGCUGCUAGGAGCAGCCAUCUUGAAAACAUUCCGGAGAAAACGAUCAAGUUAUUAGGGUAACAAUUGUAAAUUAUAUCUGAUUGUGCUAUGAAAAAAACCAAACAAACAAUAUGAAAGUCUUACUCAUUCUAAUAAGUGGAAAGAAAGCAAACUGCAGAGGACAAUUGUGUAAAAUUUCAACAUUGAUGAUGCAAAGCAAAACUUAAACAAUUCUGAGCUAAAAUAAAGCAGAACAGGAAGCAUUAGAAGAUAGGUAAAACAAAGCAAGAAAUAAGAAAAAGAGCCGGAAGUGCAAUGUACGAUUGAUUGGUUGAAUGAUGUGGAAUGAAAUCGAGGCAAUGUUGUUUAAAUAAUCUUAAUUUUGAAAGCAACCAAUAACAACAACAACCACACAAACAAACCAAAUGAACGCAGUGGGAAAAGUAAAACAGAAAACACAUGCAAGAAAGGGUAAGAGCAAACCAACACUGUAAAAUUGAAUACCAUGUUUUGUAAAGAUAAGUAUUAUUGUUCUCUAAUGAAGAAGAAAAGAAAACAGAAAAAUAUACAUUUGCGACAUACACAUGCCAUGAAAGCAAAGAAUGAAA